GAUGACUCAGGAUGCAGCCAGGGGCUACGACGUGCACAGAGGACCGCAUCCAGCACGCCCUGGAGCGCUGCCUGCACGGCCUCUUACUUCAUAAAGGAAUCUGACCACUGGCCGUUCCCUUCCCAGCCGGGCUGUGUCUGAACUGCUGGAGCCUGCAGGAGCUGGUCAGCAGGGACCCGGGCCACUUCCUCAUCCUCCUGGAGCAGAUCCUGCAGAAGACACAAGAGGUCCAAGAGAAGGGUUCCUAUGACCUCUUCACGCCCCUGGCCCUGCUCUUCUACUCCACGGUCCUCUGUACACCACACUUCCCGCCGGACUCAGACCUUCUUCUGAAAGCAGCCGGCACCUACCACCGAUUCCUGACCUGGCCCAUUCCGUACUGCAACAUCAGCCAGGAGCUGCUCACCUUCAUCGACGCUGAGCUCAAGGCCCCAGGAAUCUCCUACCAGCGGCUGGUGAGGGCUGAGCAGGGUCUGCCCCUUCGGAGUCACCGCAGCUCCACUGUGUGAGUGCUCUUGGGGAGCGAGAAGCAGCGUGGGGCGGAGUUCCUUGCCGUGGCCAACAAGCUGAGCGCGCCUGGGCACUCGCCCCAUAGCGCCUACAUCACCCUGCUCCUGCACGCCUUCCAGGCCACCUUCGGGGCCCACUGUGACCUCGCGGGUCUGCACUGCAGGCUGCAGUCCAAGGCGCUGGCCGAGCUUGAAGACGUCUACACGGAGACGGCAGAGGCCCAGGAGCUGGCCUCUGGCAUCGGGGAUGCAGCCCAGGCCCGGCAGUGGCUCAGGACCAAGCUGAAGGCGGUGGGAGAGAAAGCCGGCUUCCCCGAAGUCUUAGAUCCUGCCAACCCAGGCAAGCUCCGCACCAUCCCCAUCCCUGUCGCCAGGUGCUACACCUACAGCUGGAACCAGGACAGCUUUGACGUCCUGCAGGAGAUGCUGCUCAAGGAACAGGAGCUGCUGGAGCCGGGGCUCCUGGGGGACGCGGACGAGGACGAGGACGAGGACGAGGAGGAGGAGGAGGAGGAGGAGGAAGAGGAGGAGGACUUGGAAACAGAUGGACCGUGUGCCCAGAGGGACUCACUGUUUUCCACCAGCUCGGAGGCCUCCCGUGACUCCACCCUGUCCCUCGCCUCAUCCCAGGCCUCGGGGGCCACCCUCUCCAGCCAGCUGCUGACCUCCUUUGUCUCGGGCCUCUCGGACGGCAUGGACAGCGGCUACGUGGAGGACAGCGAGGAGAGCUCCCCGGAGUGGCCCAAGAGGCCGGGCGGCCGGGAGCGCCGGGGCUACCGCAGGCCCGGGCAGAAGUUUAACAGGAUCUACAAACUGUUCAAGAGCACCAGCCAACUGGUGCUGCGGAGGGACUCUCGCGGCCUGGAGGGCAGCCUGGACUCGACACUGCCCCUGCGGCGGGCCGGCAGCCUCUGCAGCCCCCUGGACAGCCCGGGCCCGCCCCCGUCCCGGGCCCAGCGCUCCCGCUCCCUGCCCCAGGCCAAGCUCAGCACCCAGCUGCCCAGCUGGCUCCUGGCACCCGCCUCGCGCCAUCAGCGCCGCCGCCCCUUCCUGAGCGGGGACGAGGACCCCAAGGCUUCCACCCUCCGCGUGGUGGUCUUCGGCUCUGAUCGGAUCUCGGGGAAGGUAGCCCGGGCCUACAGCAACCUGCGGCUGCUGGAGAGCAAUCGCCCCCUCCUCACCCGGUUCUUCAAGCUGCAGUUCUUCUACGUGCCCAUGAAGCGAAGCCAGGGGGCCUGCUCCAGCGCCUGCCCGGCCCCUCGGAGCCAGACACCGCCCCUGCCCCCUGAGUCCCCGAGGCACCCCCUCCCUACAGAGCUGGGCGCGGCCCAGUGGGAGGAGAGCACCAACGAUAUCUCUCACUACCUCGGCGCGCUCGACCCCUGGUAUGAGCGCAACGUGCUGGGCCUCAUGCACCUGCCCCCCGAGGUCCUGUGCCAGCAGUCCCUGAAGGCUGACUCCCGGCCCCUGGAGGGCUCCUCCAGCCAGCUGCCCAUCCUGGCCGACAUGCUGCUCUAUUACUGCCGCUUCGCUGCACGGCCGGUGCUGCUGCAGGUCUACCAGACAGAGCUGACCUUCAUCACCGGGGAGAAGACCACGGAGAUCUUCAUUCAUUCCUUGGAGCUGGGUCACUCUGCUGCCACACGAGCCAUCAAGGCUUCAGGUCCUGGCAGCAAGAGGCUGGGCAUUGAUGGGGACCGGGAGGCCGUCCCUCUAACACUACAGAUAAUUUACAGCAAGGGGGCCAUCAGUGGACGAAGUCGCUGGAAUAACAUGGAGAAAGUCUGCACCUCCAUCAACCUCAACAAGGCCUGCCGGAAGCAGGAGGAGCUAGACUCCGGUGUAGAGUCCCUGACGCUAAACCUGACGGAAGUGGUGAAGAGGCAAAACCCCAAAUCCAAGAAGGGCUUUAACCAGAUCAGCACCUCGCAGAUCGAAGUGGACAAGGUACAGAUUAUCGGCUCCAAAAUCUGCCCCUUUGCGGUGUGCCUGGACCAGGAUGAGAGGAAGAUCCUGCAGAGUGUGGUCAGGUGUGAGGUCUCGCCUUGCUACAAGCCCGAGAAGAGCAGCCUGGGCCCCCAGCCCCAGAGGUCGCCCCACUCACCGGCCCAGGCCACGCCCGAUCUCUGCUCCCUCCUCUGCCUGCCCAUCAUGACUUUGGGCGCUUUCUGGGAGGCUGGGGUGUCCAAGAUCGAGGUGCUGGCAGAUCCUGUAUGUGGGGAGAGCUCUCCUCCUGGUCUGCAGACGCCACCUUCUCACCGUGUCUUCACAAGGUUAAACAGGCACAAUAACCGCCGGACCUGGCCCAAGCAGCACUGUGCCCCAACCACUGCUCACAAAGACAACAUCUGCUGA